ACAUAGUAGGCAAAGUCAUUUAAUAGAUAUUCUCUAUUAACUAACCUUGCAUAGUAGGGAAGUAGGGAAUAUACUGUGGUGGGGAUGUGGGGUUAUUCUAUGGUCGGUGGACUUCCGUUGUAAAGAAUAUAGGGGUUUCUAGGUUUUUAAGUUGGUGACUGAUGUGUUUGUUUAGUGGCUUGAACGAUGGAGUAAUGCAUGACGCUAUUUUAUCCCUACUCUGUGAUCCCUAGUCUCUAUUAUUGCGUCCGGAGUGUAUUAAUAUUAUUAUUAUUUGCUUCUCAUAAGUCACUAUUUCAAAAACUCAAAUAUGUCGAGUACUUCACAAAAACAUCGUAAUUUUAUCGCUGAACCCAUGGGUGAGAAACCCGUUACUGAUUUAGCAGGUGUAGGAGAAGUGCUGGGGAAACGUCUUGUUGCCGCUGGAUUUGAUAAGGCGUAUGUUGUUUUGGGACAGUUCUUAGUGCUAAAGAAAAAUCAGGAAUUUUUUCAAGAAUGGAUGAAAGAUACAUGCCAGGCUAAUGCAAAACAAUCUGCAGAAUGUUGGCAAUGUUUAAAGGACUGGUGUGAAGAGUUUUUGUAAAUAUGGUUUUCAUUUUGUAAUAAUAGAGUUGUAACACCGUGAGGUUAUUUUAUGUAUUCGGAGUUGCCUGUUCUAACAAAGGCAACUGCAUGUAGUUUAGGUGGUCCAAAAUAAAUGCACUAAUGUAUAUAUUUUUAUAUUAUAUUAAAGAACUUUUAAUUUUGUGUAAA